UCGAGGCGGGGCGGCGGCGGCCGCCCCGGGCUGGCGGGGGCGGCUGGCGGGGCCGGGCCGGGGCGGGGGCCGGCCACGAUGCCCCGGCGGAAGCAGAGCCACCCGCAGCCGGUGAAGGCGGACGCCAAGGACGGCCCCGAGGAGACGGCGGGAGCGGCGCUGGUGCUGCCCGGCGACCCGCUGCUGGGCCGCGGCCUGCCCUUCCAGAAGGGACCGCCAGACACCCUGGUGGGGAAGAUCGCCAUCCCAGCGUACACCCUGAGCGACGACGACUGCUCCUCGGGCUACCAGCAGCUGAGCGUGGAGAGUGACCCUGAGGAAGGGGGGGAGCCUGGCCCCGCCGCCCUGCCGUGCCCCCAGUGCGGGCUGCAGCUGGCAGCCAGCCUGGGCCAGAGCUGCCUGCAGUGCUCAGGCGCCGAGGGCGGCCGUGGCCAGCGCAUCGUCUACUCCUGCCAGCUCUGCCCCUUCGCCUCCCACUACUCCAGCCACCUCAAGCGCCACAUGAAGACACACAACGGGGAGAAGCCCUUUGCCUGCCCGCAGUGUGCCUACGCCUCGGCCCAGCUGGUGAACCUGACCCGCCACCUGCGCACGCACACCGGGGAGAAGCCGUACCGCUGCACGUGCUGCAGCUUCGCCUGCAGCAGCCUGGGCAACCUCAAACGCCACGAGCGGGUCCACAGCCAGGACAAGCCCUUCCAGUGCGCUGCCUGUGACUAUCGCUGCAACCAAAGCCGCAACCUGAAGCGGCACAUGCUCAGCCACCGCCUGCCAGACAGCGAGGGGCCGCACCGGCGGGACAAGGACCCAGAGCCGCUGCUGCCGGAGCUGGGCCUGCACGUGGGCAGUGGUACUGGCCCCUUUCUGCCUGGCUGCGCUCGGCUGCGUGGCGAGGAAGCAGCCGCGCUGCCUGAGCUGCUCUUCCCCUUCACCUGCCGCAUGUGCGGGCUGGUGCUGGACGACGGCUUCGCACAGGAUGAGGGCCUGGCUGAGCAGGUCUGCGGGCGCUGCAGCCUGGCGGUGCUGGGCACCGAGCCGGGCGCCAGCCCCCGCAAAGGUGCUGGGGACAAGGGCUUCGCCUGCAGCCUCUGCCCCUUCGUCACCCACUACCCCAACCACUUGGCACGGCACAUGAAGACGCACAGUGGGGAGAAGCCCUUCGUCUGCCCGCUCUGCCCCUAUGCCUCUGCCCACCUCGACAACCUGAAGCGGCACCAGCGAGUGCACACGGGCGAGAAGCCCUACAAGUGCCAGCUCUGCGACUAUGCCUGCGGCAACCUGGCCAACCUCAAGCGUCACGGGCGCAUCCACUCGGGUGACAAGCCCUUCCAGUGCAGCCUCUGCAGCUACAGCUGCAACCAGAGCAUGAACCUGAAGCGGCACAUGCUGCGGCACACGGGCGAGAAGCCCUUCCAGUGCCAGAACUGCUCCUACACCACUGGCCACUGGGACAACUACAAGCGUCACCAGAAGAUCCAUGGCCACACGGCCGAGAGCUGGGUGAACCCGCGCAAUGCCAAAGCCCUCUUGGCCCCUCCAGCUGUGGGCACAGCCCUGCCCUGAGACAGCACUUAGCCCAGCAGUGGGGGUGACCAACCCCAUGCUGGGCCGGGGGUGCCUCAGCCCUGGGGCAUCUCCGCAACGGCUCCUGCCCUCCCUGGGGGAGAGACGGGCAGCAUACUCCACAGGGGGCUCGAGGCUGCCUUAUGCAGGGCCCACCAGGGUCUCCAGCAGCCCUAUCCUGCCCACACAGGGCAAAGCCAGGACUGGUGGCUCAGUUGCCAGGCUCUGGCCCCUGCCCCAGCAGCAGUGUGGCCAUUCCUGCCUGUUCCUGCCUGUCAGAGCCUUCCUCUGCCGGAGUUUUGGGAAAAAAGGGGAGGGGGGGGGAAACAGGACUGGUUCCAUGGCUGCUGCCAUGCCGGUCAGUGUAAUUUAUAUUGUGUAUAAAAGCAUUAAACAGUC